CGGUCUUACAUCACUCCCUCUGCACCUGCCUCCACUGUAGCACUUCUCUCUCUCUCUAUAUUCUUAUCUCUUCCUCCCCUUUCUCUCUUUUUUCUGUUUCUUCUUCUCAGGGUGCCCUCUCUCACUUUGUGACUGUAGCAGGCAGCUCAGGUGUUCCUUGUUAAGAUCUGUGGUUUGGUUUUCGGGAGGAAACAAAAAGAGGAAAAAUGAAUAGCUACAGCUACUAUGGGUACCAAGAGAAGAACACCUUGACAAACUGUGAGGAGACGAACAUGGAAUCAGUGAUUUGCCCCAAACCUCGCCGAUUGGGUCUCAUAAACCACUCUUCCAUCAACACGCAAAUCAGACCCUCAAGGCACCCAAUCAUCAGCAGCUUCCAAUCUGAGGUGGAAGAUUCAGGAGUUGGGGCAGAGCUUCUGGACAUCAUCCUCCCCAAGGAAAAUUGCUAUCUGGAAAGAUCUGGAGGCCAAGUGGUAGCAUCGUCACCACCAUUUUUCUGCGGAUCUCCUCCUAGCAGGGCCUCUAACCCUCUAAUCCAAGAUGAGCAAUUUGGUAAUGGGAAUUUUAGUCCAUUUACCGAGGCAUCCUCUUCUUCAGCUCGUGGUUGUGUUCCAAAGAAAUUUGGUCACACACCAGCUGCUGUAAGGAUCGAAGGUUUUGACUGUCUUAACAGAGAUAGGAGAAGCUGCAGCAUCUCUGCUGUAGCAUAAACCAUUUUUGAACAAAAAAUAAAAAAGGAAAGAAAAGAGAGAACUGAUACAGGAAGCUGAGAAAAGAUGGUAGAGGACUAAAACUCAAUCAAGUUCAAAUAGCUGGAGAGUUUUUUUUUUUUUUGGAAAGAGGAGCUAAUCAUGUUGUUAGAGUACUAUUAUGUAUAUAUAAGUGGUCUGUGCAAGUCUGUUUUUGAGUAUGGUAUUAUGUAAAAUUUCAGAUAGGGAGGAUUUUGUUUUUGUGUGUGGUUUUUCCUUUUGAUUAAUAAAAGAGAACAUGGCAGGGGAAAAAGGAGCAACUGUCUUGUUAGGUUCGUAGAGUCUUACAAUUGUUGUGUCUGUCACUCAGGUCCUCCCGUUGUAAUUGUAAUUUGGAGGAAAUUGAGGAAAAAUCUUUGGAAUUUUGUAAAUCAGUUUUAUUUAUUAAUUUUUGUGGGUGCCCUUUUUGGAGGAGUUGCCUAUUUAAUAUUAUGUUA